AUGAGCCGAGAAGCCCGUAUGGGCAUCCAGCAGCAUAUUAAUAAAUUUCUAGAACUAGGAGUCUUGCGGCCAUGUCGCUCACCUUGGAACACGCCACUCCUUCCAGUAAAGAAACCUGGGACCCAAGAUUAUAGACCCGUCCAAGAUUUAAGAGAGAUUAAUAAAAGGACUAUGGACAUACAUCCCACAGUCCCCAACCCUUACAACCUGCUCAGCUCCUUGAGACCAGAUCACAACUGGUAUACGGUGCUAGACCUAAAAGAUGCAUUCUUUUGCUUGCCUAUGGCUCCCCAAAGCCAAGAGCUUUUUGCCUUUGAAUGGAGAGACCCUGAGAAGGGAAUCUCAGGCCAGCUAACUUGGACUCGGCUUCCCCAAGGGUUCAAGAAUUCCCCUACCCUCUUUGACGAGGCCCUUCACCGAGACUUGACUGACUUUCGCACCCAGCACCCAGAUUUGACUCUGCUCCAGUAUGUAGAUGACCUCCUCCUGGCCGCCCCCACUAAAAAGGCCUGUCUACAAGGCACCAGGCUCCUGCUCCAGGAGCUCGGAGACAAAGGAUACCGAGCAUCUGCCAAGAAAGCACAAAUCUGCCAGACUAAGGUAACCUACUUGGGGUACAUCUUAAGUGAAGGAAAAAGAUGGCUCACUCCUGGGCGGAUAGAGACAGUAGCCUGCAUUCCGCCACCCUGGAACCCCAAGGAGGUGCGUGAGUUUCUGGGGACUGCCGGGUUCUGCCGCCUGUGGAUACCCGGUUUUGCUGAGUUGGCAGCCCCCCUUUAUGCCCUCACCAAAGGGAGCAACCCCUUUAUCUGGCUGGAGGAACACCAACAGGCCUUCGAAGCUCUGAAGAAGGUACUCCUCUCUGCCCCAGGCCUCGGGCUACCUGACACAUCCAAGCCUUUUACCCUCUUUAUAGAUGAGAGAAGGGGGAUAGCCAAGGGGGUCCUAACCCAAGAACUGGGGCCAUGGAAGAGACCAGUAGCCUACCUGUCUAAGAAACUGGACCCUGUGGCAGCUGGGUGGCCUCCUUGCCUCCGCAUCAUGGCAGCCACCGCUAUGCUAGUCAAAGACUCUGCCAAGUUGACUCUUGGGCAACCUUUGACUGUCAUUACCCCGCACGCCUUGGAGGCCAUAGUGCGGCAGCCCCCGGACCGUUGGAUCACCAACGCCCGCCUGACCCACUACCAAGCCCUCCUGCUGGACGCGGACCGCGUCAGCUUUGGCCCUCCAGUCACUCUGAAUCCUGCCACCUUGCUACCUGUACCGGAAGACCCGCUGAGUCCCCACGACUGUCGACAAGUGCUGGCGGAGACCCACGGGACUCGAGAAGACCUCCAGGACUACGAACUCCCAGACGCGGACCACACUUGGUACACAGACGGUAGCAGCUUCAUGGACGCAGGUACCCGGAGGGCGGGGGCGGCAGUAGUGGAUGGACAUGCUACGAUAUGGGCGCAGGCACUGCCUCCCGGAACUUCUGCUCAAAAGGCUGAGCUAAUUGCUCUAACAAAGGCCUUAGAGCUAUCGCAGGGGAAGAAGGCUAACAUCUACACAGACAGUCGGUAUGCCUUUGCCACAGCCCACACUCAUGGGAGCAUUUACGAGAGGCGAGGUCUCCUAACAUCCGAAGGGAAAGAAAUCAAGAAUAAGGCUGAAAUAAUCGCCUUAUUAAAGGCCCUCUUCCUCCCUAAGAAGGUGGCCAUAAUUCAUUGUCCUGGACAUCAAAAAGGACAUGACCCUGUCGCCCAGGGUAACAGGCAAGCUGACCAAGCAGCCAAGCAGGCUGCUAGAGUAGAGACAUUGACAUUAGUUUCAGAAACCAGCAAGGCUGACCAGAUGCCCCCUCCCACAAGCUAUACCUAUACACCAGAGGACCAGAAGGAGGCAGUAGCCUUACGAGCCACAGAGAACCAAGAGACUAAAAAUUGGGAAAAAGACGGGAAGACAGUCCUCCCACAAAAAGAGGCCAUGGCCAUGCUGCAACAGAUGCACGCUUGGACACAUUUAAGUAGCAAGAAACUGAGACUGCUCAUUGAAAAGACUGACUUCUUAAUCCCCAGGGUUGGUACCCUUCUGGAGCAAGUGACGCUCGCUUGCAAGGCCUGUCAGCAAGUAAAUGCCGGGGCCACGCGAGUCCCGGCGGGGAUAAGGGCACGGGGCAACCGCCCUGGGACCUAUUGGGAAGUGGACUUCACUGAAGUAAAGCCUCACUGUGGAGGAUAUAAAUAUUUAUUAGUAUUUGUAGACACAUUUUCAGGAUGGGUAGAAGCCUUCCCCACCCGGCAAGAAACGGCCCACAUAGUGGCCAAGAAAAUAUUGGAAGAAAUUUUCCCCAGGUUCGGACUCCCCAAGGUAAUUGGGUCAGACAAUGGGCCAGCCUUCGUCUCCCAGACUGACUUGCAGGCUCGCCUGAAAGGACUGCAGGCUGUGCAAGCCCAAAUUUGGACUCCUCUGGCAGAACUGUACCAGCCUGGACACUCACAGACCAGUCACCCUUUCCAAGUGGGAGACUCCGUCUAUGUCAGACGACAUCGCUCCCAAGGACUAGAACCCCGGUGGAAGGGACCAUACAUCGUCCUCCUCACCACACCCACUGCUGUAAAAGUUGACGGGGUCGCCGCCUGGAUCCACGCAUCCCACGUGAAAGCAGCUCUGGAGGUGUCCGGGCCAGCGUCGCCUGAGAGAUGGAGACUUCGUCGCUCCAGGGACCCCCUCAAGAUAAGACUCUCUCGCGUCUAACCUUUUGCCAAUUGUUAGCCCUUUUCCUUUCCUGUGCUACCGGGGGCAGCAACCCCCAUCAGCCCUAUCAAUUGACUUGGCAAAUAACUAAUUUUGAAACUCAUGAAGUCCUCAACGAGACUUCACACGUAGCCCCCUUGAACACCUGGUUCCCUGACCUAUAUUUUAACUUAGACAAAAUAGCCCUGACCGAUAAACAUCACCAGGGCUUGCCCAAACCUAAUCGUUUUACAGGACCAACGGGGGGCCUAUUAGGAACCUAUAUUACUGAUCAGACAGAAAAAGACUGGCAACAGGCUAGGAGAAUAUCCGUAAGCCGGAAUGGGUUCUACGCCUGUCCAGGAUUCAGGACAGAACCAAUGAAAAGUACUUGUGGAGGAAUAAUGUCCCUGUACUGCGCAAGUUGGUCUUGUGUGACAACUAAUGAUGGGGCGUGGAAAUGGAAAACCCAACCCUGGUACAUAUCCAUGUCCUAUGUCCAGCCUUGUACCAGGACCCGGUAUUCGGCCACCUGUAACUUAAUCCGUGUCAAAUUUGAGGAGGCCGCAAAAACUGACCCCCGCUGGACAACUGGACUAAUUUGGGGCCUAAAUCUAUACCAAACCCCAGCAUAUGGGCUCCCUAUCCAAAUUAGACUAUUAGUGAACCCGGUAUCUGCCCCAGUUCCGGUGGGACCAAACCCGGUUCUAACAGGGAGAGCACCUCCUCAGUCAGGGAUCCGGCAAGAAGCCCCGACCGCCGGUGCCCAGUCUCCUCCAGGAGUGCCAAACCCAGUAUCUUUUCAGUCAAGUAACCCACCUUCCCAAACAGGGAACCCAGUUCUAACAGGGAGUGCACCUUCUCAGUCAGGGGACUCAGUUAUAACAGGGAAGGCGCCUCCUCAGUCAGGCUCCCCGUCUCCCCCACCAUCCAAAUCCCCAUUGGCGCUCCCGGAGACCACCCACAUGCCUCCGGACCCGGAAACAAGCAAUAGACUCCUCAACCUCAUCAGAGGCGCUUACCUCGCCUUGAACCAGACAAGGCCUGAAUCCACCACCUCCUGCUGGCUCUGCCUGGCCUCGAGCCCCCCUUACUAUGAAGGUAUUGCCUCUAUUAGUAAUUUUACUAACUCCACUAGUCAUUUUGGGUGUGCAUGGGAACAGCACAAGAAACUUACCCUAGCAGAAGUGUCAGGGUCGGGAACCUGUAUAGGCCGGGUGCCCCCCAGUCACCAACAUCUCUGUAAUAGAACCUUGGCAGUACCCAGAACUAGUCACUAUCUAAUACCCUCUGGGCCAGACUGGUGGGCUUGCAACGCCGGACUCACCCCUUGUGUGUCCACGGCUGUCUUCAACAACAAUGAAGACUAUUGUAUACUAGUACAAGUUGUGCCUCAAGUUUACUAUCAAACUGCAGAGUCCUUUGAAUCCCAGUUUGACCAGAAAUACCUCACUAGCCUCACUAGAAUGAGAAGAGAACCUGUUUCCCUCACCCUCGCUGUUAUGUUAGGAUUGGGAGUAGCGGCUGGAGUCGGGACAGGAACUGCGGCACUAGUAAGUGGCAGCUACCACCUGCAGCAACUCAGAACAGCCGUAGAUGAAGACCUCAUGGCCAUAGAACACUCCAUUACCAAACUUGAAGAAUCUCUAACCUCCCUGUCCGAAGUAGUACUCCAAAAUCGACGGGGACUGGACAUAAUUUUUCUAAAAGAGGGCGGGCUCUGUGCAGCCCUUAAAGAGCAGUGUUGCUUUUACGCUGAUCACUCAGGAGUAGUUAAAGACUCUAUGGCAAAACUUAGAAAAAGACUAGAUGAUAGACAGAGAGAGAGAGAAUCCCAACAAAGCUGGUUUGAAACCUGGUACAACCAAUCCCCCUGGUUUAGUACUCUCAUCUCCACCAUCCUAGGGCCCCUGAUCCUGCUUAUGCUCAUCUUAACUUUCGGGCCCUGCAUUUUUAACCGCUUGCUUACCCUAAUUAAAGAUAAAUUAAACAUAGUGCAUGCCAUGGUCCUGACUCAGCGAUACCAGGCAGUCAAGACUGACGAAGAGACUCAAGAUUGAGCCUCUAAGGUACAAAAAGAGGAGGGAAUGAGAAGCCUUAAGAAAAUAUAGCCAUUAAAAUAGAAAAACACUUUGGGAAAACAUUUUAGAAAAACAAGCCAGAAAAACAUUUACCAGAUGAACAGUACCCCACCCGGGCGUGUCAACAGAUGGACAGGAAUCCGGGUCCGGGUGUGGCUAUCAGGGACACCAGAUGUCCAGGGUAGUGUCCCCUACAUUCCCAGAACAAAAGUAGAAAAACAUUUCCAGGAAAUACCCCUACCCGCCUGAGAGCCCCCUGACCAACCAGUAUGGGACAGCUAGCUCAGGCCAUAGUUAGAAACCAAUCAGUUACUUCCAAACCUCGCGCCUUGAACCUUUUCAAAUGUGUGAACCAAUCAACUUAUUGUACCCCACCCUGUUUGAAUUUGUAACCUCCCCCUGUGUGACUUUGUGGUUUUUGCCUUUAUAAGCAGUGUGCAACAGCCGCUCGGGGUCUCUCGGCCUCUUGUGCUGGAGACCCUAGCGCGCUAGCAAUAAAGAGUGUCUCUUUGCUGUGA